UGCAUUUAUAUUGCAAUGGGGGAAACUCACCUCAACCACCACCAAUGUGUAGCACAAAAGUGCAAUCACUCUGGUUGAAGCCUGCCCUCUCUGUGUUGAUGCACCUGUGAACAAAAGGCCAAGACAAAAGCCUUCAGUUUCAUAGACAUUUUUGGCAAAGAUUCUCCAAGGUACAUGCAAUAAUGCCUGUUUCCUUAUAACACUGAAUGCAAUAAAGAAAAUUACUGAAAGCCAAGUGAGAUUAAUUCCACAUGUAUUUUACCAAACAGCAACACAGCGUGAUGAACUGACAAGUUGGCUAAUAAUUUCAGUAUAAAAUAACGUUAAAUUUGUGAUAUUGGAUAUCAGCUGCUUACAAAGCUAGCUCGCAAGUAACCUUAUCUCAAAAGAAAAGGUUUAAUUAAACCCAAACCAAAAAGAUCAUUCACUCGCUCAUCCAUUCACUGAUUUUAUGAUUUUAGUUAGCUAGGCUAACGUAAAGUUAACCUUAACAGUUACCUCCAUAAUCUGACACAACAAACUCCAGCUACAAAGCAUAAAGUAUGACUCAAGUGUUGAAGUAAGUCCUGUAAUCGGUUAUAUUUGAAUUGUAUGGAUAUAGACAUUUUAGUCUUGGAUGGCUUUGAUGCUACAGACCUUCCGGGGGAAGGAAGGGAGAAUUUUAAUGUGUCUUUGCCUCUUGAGUUAAACCACAAAUGCAUGUUUUGUUUCUUGCUACAGAAUGAGGGCCAUCUGGUGGAGUUCUAACAGAAGCAGAACAGUUCCAUGUAUUAAAUCUGGGCUUGCAUCCAGUUGCAGUUCAAAGGUAACAUGUUCACAUCCAGAUUUGCCAGCGCAAAAACCAUCUGCACAAUUAUGGUGGCUGAGGACACUACAGUGAGUGCUUUCAUUAAGUCACCGUGUGCGUGUGCAGAAUUAAUGGCGGACUCACAGUGUGGGUUUAUCAUUACCCACAUGCCUGAAAACUCGGAUGGAAGAGAAAAGAGCCAUACAGAUACAUUAGCCAGCAGUGGAUGUACAACUAAUCAUGGACCAAUAAGUAACCAAGCAGAGCCUGGUUGCAGUUCUCUGUCUGCUCUGUGCUGCUCUGUGGACUCUGCACAGUGUGCGGCUGCAGUUGUGGUUCAGUGCUACAGUGUGUAUGCGUGUAGCAGCGUUUGUCUUGGGUGUGUGUGAGCAUGCUGUGGUUCAGGGGGCUCCUCCUGCUGUCGCUGCUGGCUGUGGGGGACACAGCGCAGGAGGGUCCACAGCGGGACACCUGUAUGUGUGGACACCCUGGAAUCCCAGGUGACCCCGGCCACAACGGGGCGCCGGGCCGCGACGGGCGAGACGGAGCCAAGGGGGACAGGGGAGACCAAGGACCUGUCGGUACAUGUGGUACAGCAGGGCAGGAUGGUGCCAAGGGAGACAAAGGAGAGCCAGGUGCUGCAGGCAUGGCAGGCAUGAAGGGGAGACGGGGAGAUAAUGGGGAUCGGGGGUUUCCUGGGAAGAUGGGUCCACAGGGUGUUCCAGGGGUCUUGGGCCCUAAAGGACAAAAAGGAGAGCUGGGUCUGCCUGGCCCUCAGGGGAUAAAGGGUGACGUUGGUCCUCAGGGCCCCAUGGGCCAGCAAGGCGACAUUGGCCUUCAGGGAGAGAAGGGCUUUCCAGGGCCCAUGGGCCCCACGGGACGGCAGGGCCCUAAGGGAGAGAUAGGGCUUCAGGGUCAGAAGGGCAGCAUCGGGUACAGAGGGGAAAAAGGGACGAAAGGAGAGCUGGGAGAGAAGGGGGUCCCCGGCGACAUGCCCAACAUAGGGAAGAGCGCCUUCUCUGUGGGCCUGACCGAAAACAGCAAACUCCCUCCCGUGAACACGCCCAUUCGCUUCGAUAAAAUCAUCUACAACAAGCAGCAGCACUACGACCCCCGCACCGGCCGCUUCACGUGCGCCUUGCCUGGGGCGUACUACUUCAGCUACCACAUCACCGUGUACUCCCGCAACGUGAAGGUGGCCCUGAUCAGGAACGGGGAGCGCAUCGUCCACACCACGGACAACUACCAGAGCAGCGAGGACCAGGCGGCCGGAGGCGCCGUGCUGCACCUGCAGGCGGGAGACAAGGUGUGGCUGCAGGUGACAGGGGGAGAGCUCUUCAAUGGCCUUUUCGCUGACGAGGACGAUGACACCAUCUUUUCUGGCUUCCUCCUGUUCUUAGAUUGAAAGUGAAGAGUAUGCAGAUAUGCACACACACGCACACACACACACACACACACACAUAAACCCUAAUGCUAACAGUGAGGAUGGACACUGAGGAGUGUUUGGACAGUAUUGGCCUCCAGCAGGAAGAUUAAACAUACAACUAGACUGCGCAUGGCUAUAGAUAAAAAUUAUGAUUCUCAAGAAUAUUUUAAGCAGAUAUGUAAAAUAUAGUAAUUCUUAAAACCAGUGGAUUUAAUACAUUUAUUUUAUACUGGUUAAAUGCCUGUCUUUAUUCUGAUUAAUUAUUAUUUGAUGAAUACAUUAUUUGUCUUCAAGGAAUGGAAUAACAUGGCUUUUUUGCUGAAAUAAAUUUUUAUGCAACGUAGAGGACAAAAAGUUAAUUCAUCCCACUUGAAUGUAUUUAAAAUGUUUAAUCAGCAAAGAACAAUGAUAAACAUGAUUGAAUAAAGUGUGAUCAAAAUUCACUAAUCUCUGUAAGAUGAACAUUAAAAGCACAGACUGCUGGUCUGAAUAAUGUCUUUCUUCACAUGUUGUUAUGAGAAGCCAGAUCAAUUCCACAGCUUUGUGGUGUUUCAUGUCUGCACUGUACAGAGUAUAUAUCAAAUGAAUUAGAUCCUAAAUUUGUCAUUCUAACACAAUAAAUCCGUGCAAUUCAUUUCCAUGAUGUGCAAACAAAAUAAAAAGUCACACACA